CAGAGCGCUGCCGAGCUGGAGUUGAGUCCCCGGGAUCGCAGAGUCGGAGCCGGCUGGCAGCCGCUGUGCCUCCCGGGUCUGCACUCCUCCAACGGCUGCACCGCGGGACUGCUCCUGGAGCCUGGGACCACCUGCAUGACGCCCCGGGGAACCCACUGAGCGCCGGAUCGCGGCGCCGAGGGCGACACUAUGGCCCUGGAGCAGGCGCUGCAGGCGGCACGGCGGGGCGACCUGGACGUACUGAGGUCCCUGCACGCCGCCGGCCUACUGGGGCCUUCUCUGCGCGACCCGCUAGAUGCCCUGCCGGUGCACCAUGCGGCCCGCUCAGGCAAGCUGCACUGUCUGCGCUACUUGGUGGAGGAGGUUGCCCUCCCGGCCGUGUCCCGCACGCGCAACGGCGCCACACCAGCCCACGACGCCGCCGCCACGGGCUACCUCUCUUGCCUGCAGUGGCUGCUCACACAUGGUGGCUGCAGGGUGCAGGAAAAAGAUAAUUGUGGUGCCACAGUCCUGCAUCUGGCUGCCCGCUUUGGCCACCCGGAUGUGGUGAACUGGCUACUGUACCAGGGCGGUGCAAACUCUGCCAUCACCACAGACACGGGCGCCCUGCCGAUCCACUAUGCUGCCGCCAAAGGAGAUCUUCCCUCGAUGAAGCUUCUCAUCGGGCAUUACCCUGAUGGAGUGAAUGCCCAAACCAACAACGGUGCCACGCCCCUGUACCUGGCGUGCCAGGAGGGCCACCUGGAAGUGACGAAGUACCUUGUGCAGGAGUGCAACGCAGAUCCACACCUGCGCGCCCAAGACGGCAUGACCCCCCUGCAUGCCGCGGCGCAGAUGGGCCACAACCCAGUCCUGGUGUGGCUGGUCUGCUUUGCAGAUGUUAGCUUUUCGGAGCAGGACCACGACGGCGCUACGGCCAUGCACUUUGCUGCCAGUCGCGGCCACACCAAAGUGCUCAGCUGGCUCCUGCUGCACGGCGCAGAGAUCUCGCAGGACCUGUGGGGCGGGACCCCACUGCAUGACGCUGCUGAGAACGGCGAACUGGAGUGCUGCCAGAUCCUCGCUGUGAAUGGCGCGGGGCUGGACGUCCAAGACCACGAUGGGUACACGGCUGCCGACCUAGCUGAGUUGAAUGGCCACACCCACUGCUCCCGCUACCUACGUACGGUGCAAACCCUGAGCUUGGAACACCGAGUCCUGUCCCGGGAUCCAUCCAUGGACCUGGAGGCAAAGCAGCCGGACUCCGGCAUGUGUUCGCCCAACACCACCAUGUCGGUCCAGCCGCUGACCUUUGACCUUGGCUCACCCACCAGCACGCUCUCCAACUAUGACUCCUGCUCCUCCAGUCACUCCAGCAGCAAGGGGCAGCAGUUGACUCGAGGGGUCUCGGGUGCAAGAGCUGCAGAAUUACAGAGCUACAUGGACAUGCUGAACCCAGAGCCGAGCUCACCUCGGAGCAAGCUGGGGAAGGUACCACCACCACCACCUCCACCAAGCUUCCCACCACCACCACCACCACCCGCAGACACCCGGCUGCCCCCACCUCCACCGGGCUACCCAGCCCCCAAUCCCCCUGUGGGGAUGCAUUUGGAUAACAUUUACAUGCAGACCAAGAACAAGCUUCGCCAUGUGGAAGUGGAUUCGCUCAAGAAAGAGCCCAAGGCAUGCCACCCUGAGGUGGAGCUGAGAGAUCAGUUUGCACAGCCGAGCUCCGGCGACGGCCACUCGGGGCUGCUCAGGCAGGACUCGGGGCUGCUCAGGCAGGACUCGGGGCUGCGCGGGCACAUCACCGGACUGAGCAGGCAGGACGCGGACCGCAAACAGCGCUCGUUCUGUAAACAGCCCAGCACGGGGGACUACUACCGCCAGCUGGGCCGCCGCCUGGGGGAGCCGCUGGCCGCACGCCCGGGCAUGGCCCACAGCGAGGAGGUGCGUGUCCACCAGCCCGCACCCGCGGGCUGCUCCGGACCCAGCCGGGUCUCACACUCCUCACUCUCCGGCCCUUCUGCUCCCCCGCAGGCGGCGCUGCUCCCCGGGAACCACGUGCACAACGGCUGCUCGGCGAACUCCAAAGCGUCCAGGGAGCUGCCGCCGCCACCGCCGCCGCCGCCGCUGCCCGAGGCCCUGAGUUCGCCGCCACCCGCCCCACCUUUGCCCAUCGACGGCGCGGGCGCAGCCUGCGGGCAGCGUCGUUCCUCGUCUUCUACUGGCAGCACCAAAUCUUUCAACAUGAUGUCCCCAACGGGUGAUAACUCAGAGCUGCUGGCUGAGAUAAAGGCAGGCAAGAGCCUGAAGCCAACACCGCAGAGCAAGGGACUGACAACAGUGUUCUCGGGCAGUGGGCAGCCAGCCGCCCAGCCUGAGUCACCCCAGCCUCCCGUGUCACCUGCGCCAUCUCGGGCUUGGAGCCACACCCCACCAGCCUCUGGGCCUCAGCCACUGCUCAAUGGCAGCAUAGUGCCAGCACCACCUGCCACCCCAGCACCAGGAGUACAUCUGGACGUGGAGUCCCUCAUCCCCUCACUUGAUGAGCAGGGCCGGCCCAUCCCGGAGUGGAAGCGCCAGGUGAUGGUCCGAAAGAUGCAGCAGAAGAUGCAGGAGGAAGAGGAACAGCGGAGGAAGGAGGAAGAGGAGGAGGCCCGGCUGGCCAACCUGCCUGCCUGGAGACGAGACAUUCUUCGGAAGAAGCUGGAGGAGGAGAGGGAGCAGAAGCGAAAAGAGGAGGAGCGGCAAAAGCUGGAGGAAAUCCAGAGGGCGAAAGAACAGUCGGAGAAGCUGCGGACACUAGGCUACGACGAGGCCAAGCUCGCGCCCUGGCAGCGACAGGUCAUCUUGAAGAAGGGGGAGAUCCCUAAGUAAUAGGAGUCUCGGCCUCUUGCGUGUAGCCUCACAAGUUCUGAGAGGUGGAGAGCAGCCCCCAGCCCCCGCCCCAUCCAGUCAGGUUGGUGCAGAAGGGCUGGGAGACUUGCCGCCCUUCCCUUCGGUGCCGGAACCCUUCUUAUUUCCCUCCCUGGCCCCACACCCCCAACCCUGCUGCUGGAGUGCUCUCGCGAACCCCUGCUGUCGCCUGGAAAAAGUGCCCAAGCUGUGACGCAAAAAGAAAAAGAAAGAAAAAAAGAUGCUGCUCAUUUGCAUGCUCACUUACAUAUAUUUGCAUGUUCACCGACCCAGCCAGAGCUCUCCCCAGCCUCGUGGGUGGUGACUUUUCCUGCAGGGCGCACGCCCUGCUGCAGCCCCCUCCCCCGCAGCCCGGAACCCACGUUGCCGGCGCAUCCUGGGUGGAGGCAGACCCCGAGCUCGGGGAAGGGGUUUUCCUCCCUUCACGACCCAGAUCUGUGCUGGCCAAAGUCGCUGCGUUUCUCAUCCCCAGCGAGGGUUUCCUCUCAGUCAUUUGUUUACCAGAAAGGAUGAAACUUGCCUGUUGGGGCGGAGCUGUCGCUCCUGAGGGGCCCCACCUUUAUAUCCCACCCCCCCUCCCCAAUUAAGCCUUCCAAGUCCCCAGCCAGGACCUUAGCUCCCCUGACCCUUACACUGCCCCAGUGGUGUAAGUGAAGGGCCUGCAACUGUACCUGCUCCUCACCCUAUCCCCCACCCCCUUCCUUCCCCCAUUAAACCUCUAUCCGCCAA